AGAAAAUUUUAACUAGGAGUGGCGCUGCGAUCGCCAUUGUCUGAAGCAACGUGCUGUAGUCGUGUGGUAGAUAGGCCGAUCUGUGUAUUAGAAAUUAAAAUUUUUGAUUAAUAAAGCAAGAUGACUCUGACACAAACGACGAACAAAAUUUCCCAGGCGGGAAAGGGUGGAAAUGUUAGUGUGGGAUAUCAAGAUAAAGAAAAACCCACUCAAAUAAGAUCGAGCAAUAUUACCGCUGCUAAAGCUGUUGCUGAUGCCAUCCGUACCAGUUUAGGACCAAGAGGAAUGGAUAAGAUGAUUCAGGCUGCUAAUGGAGAUGUAACAAUAACAAAUGAUGGAGCAACAAUUUUAAAACAAAUGCAAGUAUUGCAUCCUGCUGCUAAAAUGGUAAGUUUAGUAAAUCAUAUUUAAGUAGAAUGGAUUUUUUUCUAUAUGAUUGG